AACAGCUGUCAAAUGGAUUGCGAAAAGAAAACAAGACACGGAAAGUUUUGCGGUAGUUUAGGCUUUUUCAUGUGAUUUAUUUAUUGUAAUAAAUUACCGAUCGAAUAAAAACAUGUCUUCGCCAGAAACCCGGCUAGAGCUGUACGAAGAUGGUGCGGAAUCGCCUUCCGAGCUGAUGAGCGGAGAUAUGACCGUUACGAGCGUUCCGCGGAAUACAACCGACCCCACAGCACCUAACUUUAACACACUGGACGAACCCAUUCGGGAUACAAUUAUGCGUGACGUAAAAGCGGUCGGUGUCAAAUUCUACCACGUCCUCAUACCGAAAGAAAAGAACACACUGCUGAAGGAUUGGGACCUUUGGGGACCGCUUGUGCUAUGCACAUUUAUGGCCACCAUCCUUCAGGGCUCGUCAGAUGACAUGCACGAUGGUGGACCUGAGUUCGCCCAGGUUUUUGUGAUUGUGUGGAUCGGUGCCAUGAUUGUGACGCUGAAUUCUAAGCUGCUUGGUGGGAAGAUAUCUUUCUUCCAAUCAGUGUGCGUCCUUGGCUACUGUCUUACACCAUGCGCUCUAGCACUUAUAGUGUGCCGGAUAAUUCUACUCGGAGAACAAACAACGUUUCUGUUCUUCUUGCGAUUCCUAGUAGCGUCCGGCGGGUUCGGUUGGGCAACGUAUGCCUCGAUAAUCUUUCUCGGCGAUAGUCAACCACCGAACAGGAAAGCUCUUGCCGUCUAUCCUAUAUUCCUAUUCUACUUCAUCAUAUCGUGGCUCGUUAUUUCGCACAGCAAUGUGUAAUGGAACCGGGCGACGUUGUUGAUGCACUUCAAUUCAAUUCCAUUGUGAUCAGUGUAAAGAGCUAAACCC